AUGCCUGGAACCAGCAGGAUCUCUUUGCCCGUCCAGGAGCUCUCUCCCCUACUCAAACUUCCUCCCGAGAUUCGCGAUCAGAUAUGGAGGUAUGUGGUUGUCAAGGACGGGGAUGUGGUUCUCCACGAUCGUAUGCGCCAGGACGGACUGCCGGAGAGCAACUUCCGAUCUGCGAAUUCGAUGGAGAUACACCGGACGGACGACGGACCACUCCCGAGCUCGAGGCUCGCAGUCGGCUUCACAUGCCGGCAACUUUACCUAGAGGUGACUCCCAUCUACUACCGCGAGAACACCUUCCGCCCUGGGGAAUCAUGGUAUGAUUUCACGUAUUGCGAGGUGAUCGAGAGUUUUGCCGAUGCCAUUGGGCCAACCAAUGCCGGCAACAUCACCGAUCUCAGUUUCUUCGCGUGCUGGUAUCUCUUCGGUGAACAGCUCUCGCUGCUGCCGGGGCUGAAACGGCUGCAUUUCGUAAGAUCUUGGAUCCGGGAUUGGGAUCGGAGAGUCACCAUCGUAGCUCAGAGACUCACGUCGUUGGUCAUAAUAUAUGAUGGAGAGGUAUGGGGGCCGGAACAAUGGAGGUUGUACCCAGCGGAAGAUUGCCGAUAUCCCGCCGCAGGGCCCGACUGA